CCAAUACAAAACUGCAGACCUGGCUGGUGAGUAGCGGGGCUAAAUCAACCCCCAAAUUUUUAAAAAUAUUUUUUUUUUUAUCCAAAAAUAUACUUGAGGCAAUUUGCAAUUUUUAUAUGUUGUAGUUUAAUAUUUAUAGAAUAUAAAAAAAAAUAAGCCAGACGAUUCAGUCGGGGUUUUAACAUUGCCAGGCGCGUUCAAAAAUAUUUUGCAAAAAAAUAUAAAAAAUGUAUUUGAGGCAACUUGAAAUUUUAAUAGAGUAUUAUUUAUAACUAAAAAAUAAGACUCUCAAAAAGACAGAUCAUUUCGGUUGGACUUUUUACCUGCCAGGUGACCUUAACAUUUUUAUGGAGUAUGGCACUGGGAACUCUAAAAGGUACAUCAAUGUAACAAAAUUAUACAUGGAAUUAGGGCCAUCUUUAUGUGCAAGUUUACCUGGUUUUCAUGCAUUAACAGGAUGCGAUUAUAAUCCAUCAUUUUUCCAAAAAGGAAAAAUAAGGCCAUAUAAAAUAUUGAUAAAAAAUCAAAAUUAUCAAAAAGCUUUAACAGAUCUUGGAGUUGCACAUAUUACCGAAUCACGUAAAGAAAUUUUGCCAAUUUUGGAAGCAUUUAUUUGUGAAAUUUAUGGAUAUAAAAAUAUAUCAAAUAUAAAUGCAGCACGGUUUCAAAAAUUUUGUGUAACUUACAAAGCUAACACUGAAGAUGAACCUUUCAAAAAAACUUUAAAAAAUUGUGAUCCCUCUACUUUACCUCCGUGCAAAGCUGAAUUACAACAACAUCUUUUAAGAACGCAAUAUAUAACGAGUAUUUGGAGAAAUGCAUAUUUGCGAUUCCCCAGCAGUUUGACACCGAAUAGAAACGGAUGGACACUUCAUGAGGAUACGCUACAUUUCCACUGGUUCGACGGAGAUUGUAUGCCGCAAUCAGUAUUCGACGCUAUUGUUCAUGAAAACAAUAAACAAAAUAAUAUUGGAAAUGAUACUACAGAUAAUGCAGGGGUAUCCGAAUUAGACACAGAUGAAUCUGAAGUUGAUUCUGAUAGCUCUGAUGAAGGAGCAUCUACAGAAGAAGAAUGACAAUUUCUUUCUGAUAUGACAGGGAAUUAAUUACAUUGAUAUUUGUAUACUCAUAAUAAUUCUGCAGCUGUAUUAUUAGUAUAUAAUUUUUCUAUUUCAAUAAAUCUGAUUUUGUAAUUUUA